UUUCUUUAGACAGACACUUCCUUCCCACGACCAAUAAAAUAAGGGAAACAAAUCCCUAAUCCCUCCCUAUGGCAUGACCACUUUCCAUGACCAAGGAAAACAUACCAUCCAUUGCCCACAUUGCCGCUUCUCCCCUCUGUGAUCUGCCAUUGUCGAGAGAGAGAAAAGGGAGACCUGCCAGAGCAGAGAGAAAGCUGAUAGAGGGAACACUUAGAGAGAACACAAGAGCUUUUCUUCCUCCAAUGCAUAUGGCAAGGACAAGCAGAUCAUUGGCUUAGGGAUCAAAUCAGCGGCACAAAAGCAGGUGUAGUACACGAAGGAAGGAAGGAAGGAAGCCAAGAACCAACCGCUGCCAUGGCGGAUAGCAGCAACAGCCCGUCGACCUCGGUGUCCGACGAGAGCUCCGAGGCGGAGGCGCAGUGCUGCUCGUCGUCGUCCACGGCGCCGAGCCUGCACGACACGGUGGACUUCAGCCGCACCGCCUCGGACGUGUCCACCUUCUCGGACCGCAGCGUUGACCACAGCGGGCCCUUCGGGACGGCCGCCGUGUCCAAGCUCAUCGGCGGCCGCGGCUCCCCCGCCGCCGCGCUCAGCCGGCUCAGCAUGAAGCCCCGCGCCGACGUGCUCGACCGCCGCUCCGCCGAGGACGAGCUGGACCUGGUCAAGGAGCGGUUCUCCAAGCUGCUGCUGGGCGAGGACAUGUCCGGCGGCGGCAAGGGCGUCUGCACCGCCGUCGCCAUCUCCAACGCCAUCACCAACCUCUACGCCACGGUCUUCGGGAACUGCCACAAGCUGGAGCCGCUGCCGGCGGGGAAGAAGGCCAUGUGGAGGAGGGAGAUGGACUGCCUCCUCGCCGUCUGCGACUACAUCGUCGAGUUCUACCCCUCCACGCAGCCGCUCUCCGACGGCACCCGCGUCGAGGUCAUGGCCACCAGGCCAAGAUCCGACAUCUACAUCAACCUCCCCGCCCUCGAGAAGCUCGACGCCAUUCUCAUCGAGAUCAUGGACAGCUUCCAGAAGGCGGAGUUCUGGUACGCGGACGCCGGGACGAGGUCGUUCGGGUCGGUGACCUCGUCGUCCUCGCCGUCGUCGUCGUUCCGGCGGUCUACGACGACGGCCCACCGGAACGAGGACAAGUGGUGGGUGCCGGUGCCGUGCGUCCCGGAGGGCGGGCUGUCCGUGAAGGCGCGCAAGGAGCUCCGGCAGAGGCGCGACUGCGCGAACCAGAUCCACAAGGCGGCCGUGGCCAUCAACAGCGGCGUGCUGAGCGACAUGGAGGUGCCGGAGUCGUUCAUGGCGCUGCUCCCGAAGAGCGGCAAGGCGAGCGUGGGGGACGCGGUGUACCGCGCCAUGCACAGCUCCGACAAGUUCUCGCCGGACUACCUCCUGGACUGCGUGGACGUGUCGUCGGAGCACGAGGCGCUGGCGCUGGCCGACCGGGUGGAGGCGGCCAUGUACGUGUGGCGGCGCAAGGCGACGGCGAGCCACGGCGUCGGGAGGUCGGCGCAGUGGAGCCGGGUCAAGGAGCUCGCCGCGGCCGCCGACGACGGCGGCGAGGGCGGCAAGAACGUGGCGCUGGCCGGCAGGGCCGAGAGCCUCCUCCUCUGCAUCAAGCACCGCUUCCCCGGCCUCUCCCAGACCACCCUCGACACCAGCAAGAUCCAGUUCAACAAGGAUGUUGGGCAGGCGAUCCUGGAGAGCUACUCGAGGGUGCUGGAGAGCCUGGCGUUCAACAUCGUGUCGUGGACGGACGAGGUUCUUUUUGCCGACAAGGCUGCCAGGAAAUGAACAGUGAGCGACGGACCAAACCUGACGGACGGAUUCGUCGAGAGAACGAACGAACGAACGCUCUUACAUAAGAGCAAAAUGUACUUACUUUCGAGCCUUGUUCCCAGCUCUCUGUGAUGGGAAACGGCGUAGGUUAGGAUGAUGAUCUCACGGUAACUUUUGUACCGUGAGAUUUCUACUACUGACGUAGUCAAGGAUUUGCAAGGUUUAUAUAUCUUGCAAAGAGAAUAUGCAGAGUUUGUCUGACCAACAGUGUGUGUCCUGUAAGAUAUUUUUUGGCUUUUUCAUCUGAUUUUCAGGUUGUGCCUGACCAACAAAACAGUGUGUGUGUUUUACCCCUUUCUUGCUCAUCGAUCUUGGUAAAGUUAAGGACCAAGUGCGAUGCCUGGUA